UGGCAGAUGCGGGUGGCCUAGGCCGGGGGCGCGGCCGGCUUCGGGAAUGUAGUUGAACGCUGCAGCCGUGAGGAUUUGUGAGCAGUCGGGCUGUAGGUGUGAGAUGUGAGAGGAAGGGGAGGCCACUCCUCUUGAUUAUAUUAGAGACCAGUUGCAAGGAAGAUUUGUUGACACGCUUGCUUCUUGUUUUUAAAUGAAGUUCAUUGAAAUCGCAUCUCAAGAAUUAGUGCUACACAGAAAACCUGAUGCCACCUUUCCAGAUUGUCCCGAGCAGAUUAUUUUCCCAGCUGUAUUGUGGGUUGAAGUCUCCAGCCUCCAAACAAACCAAGAUUUGCCUAACAAUGGCUCGUCCAAGCUCAGAUAUGGCAGACUUUCGGAAGAUUUUUGCAAAAGCCAAGCACAUAGCCAUCAUUUCAGGAGCCGGUGUGAGUGCUGAGAGUGGGAUUCCGACUUUCAGAGGAGCGGGAGGUUACUGGCGGAGAUGGCAAGCUCAGGACCUGGCCACCCCUCAGGCCUUUGCCCGAAACCCGUCCCAGGUGUGGGAGUUCUACCACUACCGGCGGGAGGUGGUGCUGAGCAAGGAGCCCAACGCCGGCCACCUCGCCAUCGCCGAAUGUGAGGCCCGGCUGCACGGGCAGGGCCGGCGGGUCGUGGUCAUCACUCAGAACAUUGAUGAGCUGCACCGCAAGGCUGGCACCAAGAACCUUCUGGAAAUCCAUGGUAGUUUAUUUAAAACUCGAUGUACCUCUUGUGGAGUUGUGGCCGAGAAUUACAAGAGUCCAAUUUGUCCAGCUUUAUCAGGAAAAGGUGCUCCAGACCCUGAAACUCAGGAUGCCAGAAUCCCAGUUAAGGAACUUCCCCGGUGUGAAGAGGCAGGAUGCGGGGCCCUGCUGCGACCUCACGUCGUGUGGUUUGGAGAAAACCUGGACCCUGCCAUCCUGGAGGCGGUUGAUAGAGAGCUGGCCUUUUGUGACUUGUGUCUAGUGGUGGGAACUUCCUCUGUGGUCUAUCCUGCCGCCCUGUUCGCCCCCCAGGUGUCUGCCCGGGGCGUGCCCGUGGCCGAGUUUAACAUGGAAACCACCCCAGCCACCAACAGAUUCAGGUUCCAUUUCCAGGGGCCCUGUGGGACGACUCUUCCUGAAGCCCUCGCUCCUCAUGAAACUGAAACCGUUUCUUAAUUGUCCUGGGGAAGGAAGAAAUCACAGCACAGCUAAGUAGCAGGCCACAGACAGGAGAAACAGUCUUGUGGAUGGUGAGCUGAACAUUGGAAGGUCUAAUAAUACCUUCUGAUUCCCUGGCUGGAAUCCAAACUGCUGAUAAGCGAUGAGGGAUUGGAAACGACAGUAGUAAACACGUCUAGAAGGAGAAGUCACAGAACUGUAGAGUCAAUUCAUGUUAUGUGGUUUGAACCUAAACAUAAGAUACCUCUGAUGUGUUUGGUUUUUGGAGAGAAAAAAUUUUGUGAUUAGAUUGUCUGAAAAAAGUAAUUAUCCUGAUUGUAUUUUUGCUAUUUGGGCAAAGAUUUAAGGAGAGGGGUAAAACCCCAGUAUUUCUAAUUUUUGCACAAGGUUUGGUGGAAAAACAGAAUCACUCUCCACAGGAGGUAAUUUAUUGUAUAAAGAUGUUACCCCAAGAGA